GCGGAAUGACCAAUCUGAAAUCGCCGCAAAUCAAGGAUCAUGUUCGGCGACCUACGGCCUGUCGGGAAAUCAGCCCAUGAGUAGCAUAACUACUCCAUGUCCAGGCGUAUUUGAGGGCCUCAUCUCGCCCGCGGGUACCUUCACCUCACACGAUGUCCGCCGACGUAAGCAUGGGAGGCCCGGCCCAGCCGCUCCCGACGCUGGGGAACCGGACCGAAACAACUGAGCCGAAACGGAAAACUAGUAACAUCCGGUAUCCGUUUUGGUUCGGCGGGAGUGCCACAAGCAUGGCGGCCUGUGUCACGCAUCCGUUCGAUCUUGUCAGGGUCCGGCUACAAACCCGCGCCGCCUCCGCUCCCCGCAGCAUGAGCGGCACCUUCCUCAAGAUCCUCAAAUCCGAAGGCCCGCUCGGCCUCUACAGCGGCAUCUCCGCCUCCGUCCUACGCCAGCUGACCUACUCCACCGUGCGCUUCGGCCUCUACGAAGAGCUGAAGCAGCGCGCGGGUCCCGAGACCAGCUUCCCGCUGCUCGUCGCCAUGGCCACCUCGUCCGGCUUCGUGGGCGGCCUGGCCGGCAACUUCGCCGACGUGCUCAACGUGCGCAUGCAGAACGACACCGCGCUGCCCGCGCACAUGCGCAGGAACUACAAGCACGCCGUCGACGGGCUCGUUCGCAUGACGCGCGAGGAGGGCGCGCGCAGCUGGUUCCGCGGCUGGCUGCCGAACUGCACCCGCGCGGCGGCGACGACGGCGGGCCAGCUGGCGACGUACGACAUCGCGAAGCGGCUACUGUUGGACUACACGCCGCUGGAGGACACUCUGACGACGCAGCUGCUGGCGUCGUUCAUGGCGGGGCUGACGACUGCGACGGUGACGAAUCCGAUUGAUGUGGUCAAGACGCGGGCGAUGUCGGCGGAGAAGAAGCAGGGUAUGUUUGAGCUGGUUGGGGAGCUGUCGAGGGCGCAGGGCGUGAGGUGGGUUGUUAGGGGUUGGGUGCCGAGUUUUCUGCGUCAGGGACCACAUACUAUUUGUAUAUUCCUUUUUCUGGAGAUGCAUCGUAAGCUGUAUAGGCAGUUCAAGGGCUUGGAGUAGGGCGCAUUGGGUAGAUGGUCGGUGCGUGGUGCGGGUGCUGCCUGGGCGGCGGGUAACCCGCAGAAUGUAUUAUAAAGCGCGAUGCGCUGUUCUAUACUGAGAUCAGCUUCUAUUGCUUUAGUAUGAUGUAAGGAGAAGGUAAGAAGGAGUAGGUGUUUGAGAGCUUACGGUAACAAAGACUUGACCGUAGGGAUCAAACUUUGCUGUUUAUCUGCUCUUGGAUCGCAUUUAGGGGGAG